AACCUUGCUACAUAUAAACUUCUUGGCACCUUUAUUUAUGGUUCUACUCUGGGUAAAACCAAUCGCUAAGGACUACAUUAUGAACCCACCUUUGGGCAAAGAGAGCAUCCCUUUGAUGUCAGAAGACACAUUUGACACUGUGAGGUUGUGGAUUAUAAUCCUGUUGUGUGCUUUACGGUUGGCUAUGAUGCGUCAUCAUUUACAGGCGUAUCUGAAUUUAGCCCAGAAAAGUGUGGAUCAGAUGAAAAAGGAAGCUGGCAGAAUAAGUAUGGUUGAUUUACAGAAAAUGGUGGCUCGGGUAUUCUAUUAUCUUUGUGUAAUUGCACUGCAGUAUGUUGCACCAUUGGUAAUGCUUCUUCACACAACUCUGCUCUUGAAAACACUAGGUAAUUAUUCUUGGGGCAUCUACCCGGAAUUGAAUUCUGACACUCCAGUAGAAAGCAGUCUGCUUCCCAGUUCAGUUUAUUCUGAGUCUCCACCUGCUGAUGGAAAGAUGAAAGUAACUGUAGUACAAAUAACAAUGGCUUUGGGAAGCCUAAAGAAUAUUUUCACUCCUCUCCUGUUCCGGGGACUCCUGUCUUUCCUCACCUGGUGGAUUGCUGCUUGCCUCUUUUCUACAAGCCUUUUUGGGCUUUUCUAUCACCAGUACCUGACUGUGGCAUGA